GUCCUAAAAAAUCAAAACUAGGUUUAGGUGCCGUAAAGCUUCAAAAGGUUGAUAUUGCGGAAGUUGAACAAAAAGCCAAGGAGGAAGCAGAAUUAAUUAAACAACUACCAUCACGAAGCGAAGAACAAAUUUCAGAUGAGUCUGUUGAAAACCAAUGGACAUUUAGUUCUCGUUUGGCAUACGAUGAUGGUUCACAGUCACCAAGAGAAUCUAAGGAUCUAGGUACAAAAGAUCAAAGUGAUGAUCUUGAAAGACUUGGAAUGGGAAUUUCAAAAUUGGGAUUUGGAACUGUAUCCAGUGGUCCGAAUGAUCCGGCACAAAAGCCUUUAGAAGUCUCAUCACGUUAUACAGGAUUUGGUUCUACAGGUCCAAAUGCUUCAAUCAAA